UGUGGGCUGACUUUCUAUAGACAAAAAAAGAAGAAGUAGUCUAUGAAGAAGAGACGACAUCGAGACAGGAUGGAGAUCAUAUCACUCUGCCUGAUGCUCUCCACACUGAACAUCCGCCCCGACAGAUCUCAGUUCUUUUGGUAUGACUCCAUCACUCUGACCUGUGCAGCGGCGGGAAACACUGGUGGCUGGAUAUUCAAGAGAAACACCUCCUCUCAUACUCGUGAGCUGUGCUCCAGCUGGGGAGUGUCGAACGAGACCUCCUGCACCAUCGUGGACACCUAUCCAUCAGACACUGGAGUGUACUGGUGCGAGUCCAAGUGGGGAGGUUGUAGCAACACCGUCAACAUCACCGUGACUGGUGGUGUUUUGAUCCUGGAGAGCCCUGCACUUCCUGUGACCGAAGGCGAUGAAGUAACACUUCUCUGUUCCUGCAAAGAAGACAAGAACAGACAAGCCACGUCUAAUUUCUCUGCAAAGUUCUACAAAGAUGGUGUUUUCAUCGGGACUCAACCUGCAGGAAGCAUGAACCUCUUGACGGUGUCAAAGUCCGACGAAGGUUUCUACAAGUGUGAACACCCCACAAAAGGAGAGUCGCCUCAGAGCUGGCUGGCUGUCAGAGCUGAGAGAGCUGAGCCGCCUCCUCUCAUGUCGGUGCCCAGGCUGGUGUGUAGCGUCCUGCUAAUCGUCCUCUACACCAUCUUGCUCGUAGUGUGUGUGGAUGUACACAGAAGCUGGUAUAAAGUGGGAAGAGUUUACAAUCGGCGUUGAUUUCUGGGACAAAUGACUCCGUCUGUCUCCAUCCAAGCAGCGCUCGAACAUCCUUCCAAAUUAGUCAGCACAUCCCAGUAAUCUCUUACUAGGCAUGUUGUGUAGUUUUUUAUGGUCGUAGGAACUUCCCCUGCCUACAUUUCUGACUUGCCACCAACCAAACUCUGUACAAUUUUCUGACUAUUUAAUCAAUCACAAAAUCUAAUUCUUUCAUUAGCCGUUCAACUACAUUUUCUGUAAACUUUAUCACCCUACACACUGGUCUAAAUGUUAACUGUGUCUAACAAGCCUGCCCUUAGGCCCUGGAUGCUUACAUGGAUUUAGAUUCUUGGAGAUUUAUUGAUUAUUAAUUAGACGAUGGCUCCUCUGAAAGGCUCUCU